CCAGCACCCACAUAUCGACGAUUGUAUGGGCAUUAUUCCCCCCUUGUGCAAUACGUGGUGAUGUUGGUGACGAAUGGAUGAGUGACGACCAAAGACGUGACGUUUACGCCGCACCGAUUGAGCAGUUAUUCAGUCCCCGAGCAAUAAUCGUCAUUUUAUACUGAAUAAAUAUAUCGAGAAAAAAUUGUGAACAAAAAUAAUCUCGUCAAUCAGCGGCGCAGUAAGUAAAUACCGUAAGAGGGGUGUUGAAGCCAGUGACAGAAAGACUGUACGUGUGUCCAUUGUCCACAAAAGAAAGAGGAUAAACGCCAUACAAAGGCUACGUGGGUUAGGGAGUGCAGUAUCUCGUCGAAAAAUUAAGGCCUCCAAGUUCAAGACACACCAAAUAAAUACCAUUGAAUUCUCAGGCUGUAGUUGAAGCACAACAAGAUGGGGCUGACUGUGAGUAGUUUGUUAACACGUCUAUUUGGAAAGAAGCAGAUGAGAAUAUUGAUGGUUGGUCUGGAUGCAGCCGGUAAAACGACAAUUUUGUACAAAUUAAAAUUGGGAGAAAUUGUAACAACAAUACCGACCAUUGGAUUUAACGUUGAAACUGUUGAAUACAAGAACAUAUGUUUCACGGUUUGGGACGUUGGUGGCCAGGACAAAAUACGUCCAUUAUGGAGGCACUAUUUCCAAAAUACACAGGGAUUGAUCUACGUUGUUGAUAGCAAUGACAGAGAGAGAAUUGCUGAAGCUGAGAGGGAGCUUGCCAACAUGCUGAAGGAGGAUGAAUUGAGAGAUGCUGUACUACUUGUUUUUGCCAAUAAGCAAGAUCUUCCAAAUGCUAUGACUGCAGCUGAAUUAACCGACAAACUGGGCCUUAACGCACUACGUGGACGUCAUUGGUACAUUCAGAGCACCUGUGCAACUCAAGGAGAGGGACUCUACGAGGGACUCGAUUGGUUGAGUAACGAACUCGCUAAAAAGUGAUUAAGUACCAUCGACUAAGAGUUUUUAUUUCCAUUGUACCAAUGAACGAGGUGUCAUUAUCGCCCAAUAUUCAUGUACCGUGGAUAUCUUCUGAAUGAAAAAUCCAAUACUAUUAUUUCAUUGGUUUAUUACUGUCGACUAAAUAUUUUUUUCUUCAUGAGUUUAAUUUUGUGAUGGUGGUAGAAACCAAUCCAAUGGCGUUUUGGUACUGAAUACUGUAGUUUUUUUUUAAAUAUAAUGUUUAAGAGACA